CAGCAUAUGGUCCAGCUCCCACCAGAGCUCCUUGAUGCUGUCUUCACUGAGCUCGACUCAUAUAAAAAGCAGGACUUGAGGUCUUGCUCCUUGGUUUGUCACGUUUGGAGCGCCCUUUCUCGGCCACAUCUCUUUCGCCAAGUUACCUACACUCUCAGAGACAACAGCAAAUGCCCCGAGACUAUAUCCAACCUUCGCGCAGCCUUCCGCAACAUACUUACCUUCUUCGAGGAACAUCCUGAGUUUGCGAUCUACACCCAGGAGCUCAACCUGAAGACCAUCCCUGUUCUUAAUCGGCAUGAGUGGCUAAUCCCGCCGGACGCGGGUUAUCACGACCCAGCCGCUUUUCUCAGCUUGCUCGGCCUUUUCUCUCGAUUAGAGCACCUGCGCAUCCAAGACGUAUUCGUCACAUCAUCCCCUUCAGCUCAGAUUGAUUGUAAACUCAUUUCGCUGAAGAGCCUCGCAAUAGAGAGCGUACAAGAAGAGAUUCCUCCCAGCGAUGUCAUCCACCUGCUCAACUGCUUCAAGGAGAUCGGCAGUCUUGAUAUAGCUGUAUUCUGCUACUAUUCGUAUCGUCGUGUAGAGGAUAACUACCCUACUUCACGACACCUUGCCGUCCACAGCCUUGUCACUCGAGGCUCGACGAGCGGCGGCCUCUUUCUUCAUAUCGUGCAGACGCCCUCCGCGCGUGUCUUGCACACCCUAUCGCUAGGCAACUUGGAGACUUCUUUCUUCCCGGGACUGCAGGAGUUGCUGACCGUCACUCGGUCGAGCUUGGCCUACCUAAGGUUGUCGUUUUGCGGUUUCUGGCAGGAUGAACGCGGUACGUUCGUAUGUGGGAUAAACAUAUACAGUAGCGGCUGAUUAUUGCUCCCCUUAUUCAGCGGAUGGGCCCCCAAUUAUUACUCUGGCCUGUUGCAGCACCCUUCAAUCGCUCGAGCUGUCGGUUCGAGCACAGCCGCUGGACUGGCAGGCCAUCUGGCACGUCGUAGCAACGAUCUCCGCAGAUUCCAACCGCGCGCUCGAAGACAUGACGCUCGUGCUGCGCGAACGGCAGUUCCUCGUUGCAGAAGAUGUAUGGAGGCUGAUCAGCCCUAGUGUGCUGAGUUCGACGUACGCGACAUUGUCUUGGCUCAAAGACAGAGGGCGCUUCCGGCGUUUCAUACUCCAGGAGGUGGCGGAGGGAGAUUGGAGGAACAAGAUAGAAGUGUUCCCGGACCUCCUCCAAGGCUAUGCUCGUUCCUAAGCUUAGUGCCUGCGGCGUUGACAGUUAGCAUUUCCGUCGUAUCGCGGCAGUUGUCUUCGUUAAUUAUGGAGCGAACUUGCGUUCUGAAUCUGAUAGUACU